AUGGGUACUAAAUUAUAUUUUACGUCACUUUUGGUUCUCAUUUUGGCCUGUCUGUGUACUGUAUGGCUAACAAAGCCCGAUCUGAGUGAUUCUGUUUUGUACAAGGUUAAUGAGUGGGUGAACGACAUUAAAAAGUUUACCAAGUCAUUUUCUUCGCAAAACGAAGAUGGUGGUGUCGUGCUCAAUGAUAAUGAAACAAAAGAAGAGGAAAGUAUUAUUGCUGCCUGGAAUAAUUUUAUUAAGCCCCCAUCGAAGAAAUUCAAACGGAUAUCUGUUGGAAUAAACUCUUGUGUUGAUCUCAUAGUUAGAGCCCUUCCUGUGUUUGAAGCCCUUCAUAUCCGUCCAGGCUCUGCAAAAGAUCAUGCCAUCCUUAAAAAUUUUGAUGAUCUCCAAGAGACAUUCUCUUACUUUUUCUCAAAGGGUUCUGCUGCAGAAAGGAGUUACAUGAAUAAGGAAGAAUUUGAUAAAAUGGUGUCAGUUGCAGAAAACAUUUCCAAUAGCCAGGUAAUCCCACUGAUUACAUCCCUUGGCUUGAAUGAAGAAGAACUGGCCCUUCUUUCGUAUGUUGGCAAAGGCCCACAUACUGAAUCCAGUCCAACACUUAAGGUUUCCCAUGCUGGAUCAAGUCAUAACAACCAACCUGAAAUCCACAAAGUCUCAGAUGUAAUCCUUUGGCUCCUCAAAACUUAUGGUCAUUCCAGAAAAAGUUUUGAAGAAUCACGCCUUACCCGUAUACAUUUUCAUUCUCUCACUUACCAUAUUGUUGGCACUUUACCUGAGGCUUGGACUAACAGUGAAUCUGCUGUUGCUGCUGGUACAGAAGUAGCUGGUCGCCAGGCAUGCAACAUCGAACAACUUGAGUCGGAUAAAGUGGAAUUAAAAAUACCAAAAACAUUCAAAUUACAUUCCAAUGAUGACAAAUUACGUGAGAUUGACGAGAAGCGACCAGUAAUCUCCUGGGAUAUGGAGGGCUAUCAUUUUGUAUUCAGUCCUGUCCUUGUAUGCCGACAUCCAAUCAAAACUGUUGGGCUUGGAGAUGCUAUUUCAUCUACAGGCUUAAUGUAUUCUCAGUUUCUCACUAAAUAUCGGCUGUGA